CUCAAAGGGUCGCACCACUCCUUGGAGACGCUCAUCAGCCCUUUGCGCUCGGUCGCCCUCCCGCCCGGCGCUCCACCCUCCAACCCGGGGGAGGGGGAAGGACGAUGGCUGCUAGGAUUGCGUGGCCUUAUUUCCGGGAGCUGCUGGUGAGCCACCGCUCCUACUGCAGCCCCCGGCUCCUGCCCCAAGCCAGGCCGACUAUGGCGAGCCCGUGCCCCAGCCGGUUGAGCAGUACCGGCCCAAGCCUCGCCACUGGGGCCGCUUCCCUGGCACGCUCUGGAUGCUUCGUGGGAGGCCGCUGGCGCCAGGCGGCAGCCACUUUCCCCGUGCGGGACCCGGCCACCGGCACGGAACUCCUCCAGGUAGCCGAUUGCGGCGUAGCUGAAGCGGAGGCCGCGGUGAAGGCAGCCCACCAAGCCGGCGCUGCUUGGAGCGCAGCUUCUGCCAAGGAUAGAGCGGUUUUGCUUCGUAAAUGGUAUGACUUGAUGAUAGAGAAUAAAGAUGAACUUGCAAGGAUCAUUACAGCAGAAAAU